GCGGGAGUCACGCGCUCGCACACGUGACCGGGCGGCACGGCGGCAUGGCGCGGGGGUGUUGGGGGAUCCCCGCCGUGCUGGCGCUGUGUGCGGCCGCCUGGAGCUGCGCCCUGGGGCUGGCGCUGGAGCGGGACCAGCCUUUCCGCGUUCCUCCUGGCUGGGCCCAUGCUGGCCGUGUGGAUCCUGGACACCCGCUGCAGCUGACCUUCGCCCUGCGGCAGCGUGGCACUGCCCACCUUGCCUGCCUCGUCGAGGCUGUCUCAGACCCUCAGUCCCCGCGAUACGGGCAGUACCUGUCCCUGGAGCAGGUGAGGGACUUGGUCCAGCCUUCCCCAUCCACACUGAUGACAGUUCUGAAAUGGCUGCAAGGCCAUGGUGUAGAGGACUGCCAGAGUGUCAUCACCCUUGACUUUCUGGAGUGUUACCUGCCUGCAAGUAUGGCCGAGCGCCUGCUCCCCGGGGCCGAGUUUCACCGGUACGUGCAGGGCCAGCGCAGCCUGGUGCGGUCCCCACUGCCCUACACUGUCCCUGCAGAGCUCGCAGAGCACCUGGACUUCGUGGGUGGGAUGCACCGGUUCCCCAAGGAGCACAAGGCAGUCAGCAGAGCCAGGGCCAGGAAGGACCCACAGUUGGCAAGAGCAUCAUUCCACCUGGGUGUGACACCGGCCAUCUUGCGCCAGAGAUACAACAUGACAGGGGGGGACGUGGGACUCCUGCCCAACAACAGCCAGGCCUGUGCACAGUUUCUUGAGCAGUACUUCCACCAAGCUGACCUGGCAGAGUUCAUGCAGCUCUUUGGCAGUGGCUUUGCCCACCGCACGCAGGUGGACCGGGUGGUGGGGCACCAGGGCCAUGGCAAAGCUGGGCUGGAGGCUAGCCUGGACGUGGAGUACAUCAUGAGCACAGGUGCCAACAUCUCCACCUGGGUCUUCAGCAAUGCAGGUGCCCACAUGGCUGCAGCCCUGGAGCAGAGUCUUGGAGAGGGGUGUGAGUGUAGCUCCCUGUCCUGGGGGCGCCACGAGAGCCAGGAGCCCUUUCUGGCCUGGCUGCUGCUGCUCAGCAACAUGUCAGCACUGCCCUGGGUGCACUCAGUGAGCUACGGGGAUGACGAGGACAGCCUGUCCCUUGCCUACAUGGAGCGCGUCAACACCGAGUUCAUGAAGGCGGCGGCCCGCGGCCUCACCAUCCUGUUUGCCUCAGGUGAUGACGGUGCUGGGUGUCGGCGGGUGCACAGUGGGAACCACACGUUCCGGCCCAGCUUCCCGGCCUCCAGCCCCUAUGUCACUACUGUGGGUGGCACGUCCUUCAAGAACCCCUUCCUGGUGACAGAGGAGGUGACGGAUUACAUCAGUGGGGGUGGCUUCAGCAACAUCUUCCCCAUGCCCGAGUACCAGGCCGCUGCUGUCAGGCAAUUCCUGCGCUCAGCCUCAAAGCUGCCACCCAGCUCCUACUACAACAGCAGCGGCCGUGCGUACCCUGACCUGGCUGCGCUCUCUGACAACUACUGGGUGGUGACAAACCGCAUCCCACUGCCCUGGGUGUCGGGGACCUCGGCAUCCACACCGGUGGUGGCAGGCAUGGUGGCACUGAUCAAUGACCGGCGCCUGCAACGGGGGCUGGCACCUCUGGGCUUUCUCAACCCUGCUCUCUACCAGCUGCAGAAGCAAGGGCUUGGUGAUGCAUUCUAUGAUGUGAUCCAGGGCUGCCACCUGUCCUGCCUGGACGGCACCGUGCAGGGCCAGGGCUUCUGCGCCACCCCCGCCUGGGAUCCGGUCACCGGCUGGGGCACGCCCAACUUCCCACGCCUGCUGCGGGCGCUAGGGCCGCGCUGACCAGGACACCGGGGCCGGACACCGGGGCCGGACACCGGGGCCGGACACCGGGGCCGGACACCGG